UUGACAGAAGAUCGCACGGAUUAUGAAUGAGUUUUCGUCGAUGUUGUCGUAAAAAUUGGAGUUUUUCCAAUUUCUAAUUAAAAUUACAAUAGGUUAAUAAACUAAAAUUAGUUAGCAAACCGUUAUCCGUGUAAUUAACUCAUUGUUUCACAGAAAAUGCAUGCCUGUCGACAGUUGCUAUACAGUCCCGCGCGGUGGAAAUGUGCAAUUCCGUCUAACUUGCCAGUUUCCCUCAAACCGACUGUCCUCUCAGCAAAAUAUGAUCACUACAGAGUCCCAGAAUGCCGGAGUUACUCAGCACGGAAAGGCUUCUUCUCCUCCAUCGUGGAGAAUAUCAAAGAAGAUAUUGCGAAGAAUAAAGAGAUGAAGGAAAGCAUAAAGAAGUUCAGAGAAGAAGCGCAGAAAUUGGAAAACUCUGAAGCGCUGCAGGCAGCGCGGAAAAAGUUCCAUGCAGUGGAGUCAGAAGCGUCGAAGGGCUCAGAGGUGCUGAAGGAGACAAUAGAGGGUAUCAAGGGCAAGGUGGAACAUGUUUUGGAGGAGGCCAGCAAGACUGACAUAGCUAAGAAAGCUGGUAAGCUGUCGGAAGAUAUCUCGAAGACGGCCAAGGGCGCGGCGGAGAGUAUCGCAGACACGGGCCACAAGCUUGGACAGACUUCUGCAUUCAGAACUAUAUCGCAAGCGACUGACAUAGUGAAGAACGAGAUAUCACCGAAAGGACUCGAAGGACGUGUAUACACGUCGCCCAUCUCAUUACGGAAACGAGUUGAGGUAGCAGCGGACGAGCGUACGUUUGAGCCAGACACGCACACCACAGGCGUGGAGCUGCACCGGGACUCCAAGUUCUACCAGCAGUGGGAGGACUUCAAGAACAACAAUCAGUAUAUCAACAAGGUAUUAGACUGGAAGAUCAAAUACGAGGAAUCUGACAACCCGGUGGUGCGCGCGUCCCGCUUCGUGACCGACAAGAUGAGCAGCCUGUUCGGGAACCUGUUCGAGAAGACUGAGCUCUCCAAGACCCUCACGGAAAUCUGCAAAAUCGACCCCUCCUUCACCUCGCAAAAGUUCCUCGAAGACUGCGCCAACGACAUCAUACCGAAUAUUCUAGAAGCCAUGGUCAGAGGAGACCUAGACAUUUUGAAAGACUGGUGCUACGAGGGAGUGUUCAAUAUUCUUGCCACGCCUAUAAAACAGUGCAAACAGUUAGGGUACCACCUGGACUCGAAGAUCUUGGAUAUAGAACAGAUAGAACUAGUCAUGGGUAAGAUGAUGGACCAGGGCCCGGUGCUAGUCAUCACAUUCCAAUCACAGCAGAUAAUGUGCGUGAGAGACUCGAAGAACAACGUGAUCGAGGGCUCCCCGGACAAGGUCAUGAGGGUGAACUACGUGUGGGUGCUGUGCCGGGACCCACAGGAGCUCAACACGAAGGCGGCGUGGAGAUUACUCGAAAUGUCCGCCAACAGUGUCGAACAGUUGAUAUAGUUGUAGUAGUUGAAUUAAAUCGUUGGACCAUC